AUGCAGAGCACCUAUACCAGCCGGGAACUUUCAGACCUGGGACGCAGUCAAAAGCGCGCGGAGAGAAGCCACCGCGGACAUGUGUUGGAGGUGGCUCGCAAUUCAGCCGGGAGAAAAAAGGCUGACAUCGAACCGUGGAUCAAUCCUGUUGUCUCGGCGCGCACCUCUGCAUGGCGCAUCAGGUCGGGUGUCCCCGCAAGUAGCACAACGGUAUCGGGUCAUUUCAGCAUCUCAUGUCCUCACUCUGACCUCGGCUGCCUCCAGUCCAGGAAACAGGCAAAGCGUCACUAUCAGGUCGUCAGUUCGCUCUCAGCCGGCUUCGACGUCCCAUGGCAGGAAUGA